UGAGAUUGAAAGCAUUGGGUAUAUUUUGGAUUUAGGUUUUCGAGGGAGAUAAUUUUGUACUCCGCCUUUUAUAAAAGUAAAGUUUUCGUUACGUAAAUAUUUGCACGCUUUAUUUUUUUUCCUUUCUUUCUCUCUCUUUAUCGAUUCUUUUUUGAUAUUUUCGUGUCCGGUAAACUAGAUUUUUUUUUUUUUUUUACUUUUGUCGUAACAAACGGGUAUCAGAGUAAAUGACGAAUUUCUAACAAUUUAUAUAUAUGUAUACAUAUUGAAUUGGUUUUGUUGUCUUAUAUUUUCUCAAAUUGAAAGAACAAUUCAAAGAGGAAGAAGAAAGAGAUCUGCCACUUAGUCCUCUUAUCAAUGGAGAAUUUUGGGCCAAUAACUCCUGGCCAGGUUUCAUUGCUUGUUGGAUUUGUACCUGUGAUUGUAGCAUGGCUUUAUUCUGAGCUGUUGGUGCGCCAAAACAACUCAAAUGCUUCAGAAAUCAGCAGGUGUUCUGACGCCGAUUCUGUCGGAAACGAUUCGAAGAUUCAGUUGUUAGAGGGAGGUACUUCUCUGACACCACCUUCAGAAGUUCGCAGAUCAUCGCCGAGUUUUCUCAGGUGUCUUUUGAUGGACAAGGAUUUUUUGUUACAGAACCAUUCAACACUAAGAUCCCUGACGGAGUUUGGAGCAAUCCUGAGCUUGUAUUACGUCUGCGACCGCACGAAUCUCUUUGGCGAAUCAGAUCAGUACUACAGCAGAGAUCUUUUCCUGUUUCUGUAUUUUCUUCUUAUAGUCGUCGCGGCGAUUACAUCUCUAAAGAAACACCAGAAUCAAUCACCAGGCUCAGGAAAAUCUGUAAGGUAUCUUAACAGGGAUCAAACUGAAGAAUGGAAGGGGUUGAUGCAGGUACUUUUUGUGAUGUAUCACUAUUUCGGUGCACUGGAAACUUACAACGCGAUUCGCACUUUCAUCGCUGCGUACGUGUGGAUGACUGGGUUUGGGAACUUCUCCUACUACUACGUACGCAAAGAUUUCAGCCUUUCUCGAUUUGCUCAGAUGAUGUGGCGGCUAAAUUUUUUCGUCGCGUUUUGCUGCAUUGCUCUCGACAACCAUUACAUGUUCUACUACAUCUGCCCCAUGCACACCUUCUUCACCCUGAUGGUGUAUUGCGCGCUUGGUCUCUUCAACAAGUACAACAAGUAUGGCUGGGCCAUUGCAGCAAAAAUUGGUGCUUGCUUUUUGGUUAUUGCUGUUGUGUGGGAGGUCCCCGGCGUCUUCGACUUCGUGUGGCAUCCGUUCGCUUUCCUCCUCGGUUAUAGUGAUCCGGACGAAAGUGAACCACAUGGACCCAUGGAUGAAUGGCAUUAUCGAUCUGGGCUUGAUCGGUAUAUAUGGAUCUUGGGGAUGAUUUAUGCCUAUUAUCAUCCGACGGUUGAGAGAUGGAUGCAGAAACUUGAAGAAACCAGAGUGUGGCUUCAAAUGCUAAUCAAAGCAUCCAUAGUUGCAGUUUGUUUUGUGGUUGGUUACCUGUGGUACGAGUAUGUGUUCAAGCUCGAUAGGCGUACGUAUAUCGCAUAUCACCCCUAUACAUCAUGGAUACCGAUCACUGUGUACAUUGUUUUGAGGAACAUAACGCAGCAAUUCCGAAAUUAUACUCUUGCACUCUUUGGGUGGCUUGGAAAGAUUACGCUCGAAACUUACAUAUCGCAGUGCCACAUCUGGCUGAGAACAGGAGGGCCAGAUAAAAGAGCACGAAAAAACCUCUCUCUCAUCCCCAACUAUCCAAUGCUCAAUUUUUUGCUCACCACUGCCAUAUAUGUCACAGUUGCACAUAGAGUGUUUGGAUUGACGAACAGACUCAAGAUGGCUUUCGUGCCGAGCGGCGACGACAAGCGCAUGCUCUGCAACAUCGUCGUAGCAGCAAUCGCCGCCAUCGUACUCUACUGCUUUUCUUUGGUGGUGUUUAACGUCCCAAAGAUGCUGGCGUGAAGUAGGAUUGUCAGUGAACCGAACACGAGCGAGCUGGAGCUAGCUCAUAAACGAGAUGAACACGAGCUAGCUCGUUAAAGUAUCAAGCUAAAAAUUCAGCUCGUGUUUGGCUCGUCUAUUAACAAGCUCAACACGAGUUAGCUCAUGAGCAACAAGUUAAAAAGAUUAAAAAGGAUAUGUAUAUGAAAUAA